UUACUCUGUAAUCUGUCCGGGUCGAAAAAUGUCUGGUUUCAGCCCCGAGCUGAUCGAUUACUUGGAGGGAAAGAUCUCAUUCGAGGAAUUUGAACGGCUCCGGGAGGAGAGGAAAGCCAUAGAAAGGGAAGCUAUUGGUGAUGGAGUGACUGAAGAUGAAGCAGAAAUCACUGCAGUCGAAGAUCGGGAUGGCCCUCCCAGGGCCUCCCACAGCCGAACCAAGCAAAAGCCAAAUGAUUUAGGUACAUCAUUAGUCUAAUUUAGAAAAGCCGGUCAG